AUGCAGGUGGUUUGCGAUGCUAAGCUGUAUAUCAGAGACAUCGUUUCCAGAUGGCGGGGCAAUACCCAUGAAUCCCGUAUCUUUAACGAAUCCACUCUUAAGGAGCGCUUUGAAAGAAGAGAGUUUAGAGGGAGACUCUUAGGAGACUCAGGCUACCGAUUAGAGCCAUAUCUAUUCACAUCUAUACUAAGACCACAAAAUGAGUGUGAAGAAAAAUAUAAUCGAGCACAAAUUGCCACUCGGAACUGUGUUGAACGUUGCUUUGGAGUGGGGAAGCAGCGAAACAUGAAAAAUGUGAAACCUACAAUUGUGGCUCUUGCAGUGUUGCACAAUAUUGCAAUAGGACAUCAGGAUUCGAUACCAGAUCAUGAUGAUGAACUCAAAACAAUUGUAGAUGCUAAUCUUCUACCUCAAAUUGGUGAGGCCAGAGGAAGAGACUCCAAUAAUGCUCUUCUACGAGCAUUUAUCGAUAGACAUUUUAGCUCAUUAAGGGUAAGAGUAAGUAAGCUCCACAUUUUAAUUUUAAAUUAUUUAUUUUCAGGAACUAGAAGUUUUUUAUAA